AUGCGGAUACGAAGCGGAUACCUUUGCGUUCGGCUCGAGCUCCGGCGGCUUCGCCACUCCUUCGUGACGACGCCGAUCUUCUACGUCAACGCCGCGCCCCAUCUCGGCCACCUGUACAGCGCCGUGCUCGCCGACGCAACGCAUCGAUGGGAGAAGCUGCGAGCCCCAGAAGACCGUCACCUCUUUUCCACCGGCACCGACGAGCAUGGCUCGAAGAUCCAAAAAGCGGCCCUCGAGAAGAACGUGCUCCCGUCGGCGCAUUGUCAAGAUGUUUCCGGCAGUUUCCGGCGGCUUUUCGACCAGUUCGACAUCUUCUACACUGAUUACAUCCGGACCACAGAAGAUCGGCACAAGCAAACAGUGCAGACAGUCUGGAAACGCCUCGCCGACGCCGGCCUCAUCUACAAGGGCACCUACGGCGGCUGGUACAGCAUCGUCGACGAGUGCUUCUACACCGACGCCGAGGUGACCAAGACGCGCGACAAAGCCAAGAAUGAGAUUACGAUCGCCAAAGAAACGAAGGCGCCAGUUGAAUGGGUCGAGGAGACGAACUACAUGUUCCGCCUCAGCGAAUUCCGGGAAUCGACCAGAAAAAUUUUGGAAACAGACCUCAUCCAGCCGGACCACUACAAGAGCCUCGCUCUCCAGGAGUUGAGCAUCAGCCGGGAUGACUUGUCGGUGUCGCGCGACUCGUCGCGACUGCAGUGGGGCAUCCCGGUGCCCGACGAUCCGCAGCAGACGAUCUACGUGUGGCUGGACGCGCUCACCAACUACCUGACGGUCAACGGCUACCCGGACGCCAUGCAACUGCCCGCCCCCACUUGCCAGAUCAUCGGCAAGGAGAUUGUUAGGUUUCACGCCGUCUACUGGCUGGCCUUCUUGCAGGCGUUGAAGUUGCCGAUCCCGGAGAAGAUCUUCGUACACGGGCACUGGCUGGUUGAUGGAGUUAAGAUGUCAAAAAGCGUCGGGAACGUCGUCGAUCCGCUCGACCUGGUGAAGACGUUGGGCAGCGACGGCGUGCGCUUCUUCCUGCUCAGCCGCGGCGUGCUCCGCGAUAAUUGCAACUUCAGCAAGAACAACGCCGUCCACCUGCUCAACGGCGUCUUCGCCAAGAUUAUUGGCAGUCUGCUGAAGCGAGCAACUUAUGCCGGGUGGAAUGGGCGCCAAGUGUAUCCGGUCUACUCCAACCCGCCCGAGAAGUGCGCGCGCGACGUGGAAGAGCUGAUCGGCGAGCUGAACGCGAUCAGGGGUUCCGUCGAGCAGCAGUACGAUCAGCUCCGUUUCUACGAGGGCAUCGAGCAGGUCACGCAGCUGUUGAAGCGUGCCGCCCGCACGAUGGAGAGCGCCCAGCUGAUGAAGGAGCCGGACGAGCGGAAGCGCGACUCGGUGCUGUGCGUCGUCUUCGAGGCGUUGCGGAUCGGCUCGAUACUCCUGUCACCAAUCGUCCCCCGACUCGCCAAGCACACGCUGGAGAGA